AUGGAAGUCGAUGUAAAAGGCUUGAUCAACAAAUUGUGUCAGCAUUUUGCCAGGAAAAUUGAUGUCACCCAACAUAUACUUGACAAACAUGAAUUCACAACUAAGCUUGAAGAAAGACUGAAGAAGAAAGCCUUCGAUGCCUUAUUCUCCCAUCAGUUUGGUCUUCACAGAGUUGCUGGAAGCGGAGACCACCAUGUUACUAAUGAGUUGAGUGAGAGAAAUAGAUUACUUGUGUAUGCAUAUAACCUGAGAUGCAACAACCGUGUCAAAGAUGCUGAAAUGAUCGAAAAACUAUUGCAAGAUUUGGAAGAACAUUUUGGUGACAGAGACAGUCUAAAGCCAUAUCUAGGUUUCUUGCUACAUCUAACAGACUCUGUGCCCCGUCCUUCUUCCCCUGGUUUAACACUAGGGGGCUCUGAUGAUCACUAUUACUCAAUACAGAAGGCCCUAGCAGCCAAACCUGGGACUGAUAUUUCAGGAUUUGGAUUUUUCAAUAGAGAGCAGAAAGAUAUCCCCACACACAAUAGUCUGUUUGGUGGUUUGGUUCAGUCUUGGAAGGCACUUAGACUGGGGGUAGAGGUUAAGCUUGACCUACCUGACAUAGAAGAUAGACUUCAUUAUGGCCUCACACCUGCAAAACCAGGAACUCACUAUGGCAUGCAUAGUGAUGAUGAAGGAUUUGGUGAUGGAAGUACUCCGUCCAGUGGCGGCUAUGACAUCACAAAGGAAUCUCAAAAUGAGGUCAAUAUUUUUGACGAGGCAUUAAAAGUUAAAAGACAUGAGUAUUACACCUGGGAAAAUCUUGGAAAGAUUCAGAUCCCAGAAAAGAAAUACUAUCUCACUGAAGCGGGACCAGAUGCUGUGGAUGAAAUCUAUGACAUCAUCAACAAGAAUACAUCUCUAGUCACAGGGUUGAAUGGUCCUAGCAGGAGAACUAUCUCUCCAUUACAGUUGGUGGAAGAUGUCAGGAAUAUCCUCCUUGGAUUGCCAUCCCAUACAUUCUUGUUUGAUGAGGUCAGUGGAGAAUUCCACAUUGAACCAGGAAGUUGCAUAUCCGGUCUUACCCCUCAGGGAGUUGAACAACUCUGCAGCCAGGCUGUACAAUGUGGUACAGACUAUUGCCAACUUUGUACAUUCUCCAAGCCAGUUGUAAUGGAUUCCCAGUAUGACAGAGGGUUGAUUUCUCAAGCGUUCGCUGAUGGUAUUAGGAACUAUCUGCAGUAUUAUAGGGCACAGGUGCUACUCAUUCCUGCUGAUUUGACUGUUCUGCAGCUUUUAACACAUUCCAGUCCUCAUAUGACCCAGAUUAGGUACCUUGCAAAGCUAUGCAAAGUUGACUGUAAAAAGAGCCCAGGAAAUGAACCAGAAGGUUCAGUUGCAGGAGAUGCAUUGCCUACUGGGAUCCAGUUGUUGAGCUAUCUAUACAAUGAAAGUGUCAACUCUGCCUGGUCUACUAAGAACUAUACACUUCUCCUCUCACUGUUAACUGCUGCGUGUAGGCCAUAUAUCAUGUUUCUACAAGACUGGGUGUUCCAUGGUAUAUGCAGAGACUUAUACUCAGAAUUUAUGAUAACACUACAAGACCAGUAUAUUGGCUACAGAGACCGCCACUACUGGACACAUGUAUUUAUCCAAUCAAAACAGGAGUCUGGUGAUGUGGUUCCUAUAUUCUUACAACAAAUGUCAGAUGACAUCUUUGUCUGUGGCAAGUCAAUCAACCUUCUCCAGCUAUGCGCUCCAAAGCAUUUCCUGUUUGGUGUUGAUGUACAGAUUCCAAGAGUUGAGAUCACCUUCUCUCAGGAGGAGCUUGUUGCCAUGACGACUGAUGUGGAGAUGUAUGUUAGUUACAUGAACCAGGUUGCUAGACAUAAAGCUUUGACACGUGAGCAGAUGAAGGAGAGAUUGGAGAGAACCAGACAGGAGUUAAUAGACAGGGCUAGAGAUGUGGCCUUGGAGCGCAAUCAUAGGAUAAACAAACAGAUUCUGGCAAGAAGGAUGGUGGAAGAUGCGAAAAAGAGAAGAAAUUUGCAGGAACUCAAAGAGAAUAUGCAGAAAGACCUUAGGCGCCGGCUGGCAGAAAAAGAAGAGAAACAGGAGGAAGAUGCAGCAUACAUGGAGUCAAUUAAUAAACAGGAAUCUAUACAAACAACCAUUGAUGCAAAGCUAGAAGAAGAAGCAAAGCAAGAGUUAAUCGCCUACUAUGGCCAGCUGUCUGAGGAGGCCACAUUUAGAGAGCUGAAGGCAACAUGGAAAGUACGUAGAGCUCGUCUUGAGACUGCACGGAUGAACUUCAUAGAGAAGGACAAUUCGUUACUGAGAGAAGAGCUAGAGAAAAAUCCAUAUAUCCCAGGGAUGCCCAUGGCAGGAAGUUCAGCAGUGGACAGCUCAAUGGAAUCUGUGUACAGGCUUCUAGACUCAACUGUAUCAUUAGACUCCACCAUUCUUCAACCACAACAACUAGUCACCAAUGCUGAUACCAACAACAUGAAAGAUGAUCCACAAAGUGAUGACCAUCACAUGUCUGGACUGCCUCAGUGGGCAUCCCAGACAUACACAGGAACAAAGAUUGUUACUGAUGAAGAUAAGGUGGAUGAUGUUGAAGACAAUAUGCCUAAAUGGGCUAAAAAGGCUGUUGAGUCAGAUGAUCAUGAUCCAGUUUUUGUGGAGGACUCUGAAGAUUAUUUAGAUAAAGAAAUGAGCCUUAGUAAGAGAGCACUUCCUAACUGGGCACAUACAAACCUAUUUGCAUCAGAAACUGAUGAAACUAAAGGGAAAGAGGACUCUAUUCAAAAGGCCAGUGAAUUUGGCCACGCAUCUGAUGAAACUGAAGCAAAAGAAGAUGCUAUUAGAAAGGCCAGUGAAUUUGGCCAUUCAUCCGAUGAAACUAAAGCAAAAGAAGACACCAUUAAAAAGGCAAGUGAAUUUGGUCACGCAUCGGAUGAAACUAAAGCAAAAGAAGAGACCAUUAAAAAGGCAAGUGAAUUUGGUCACGCAUCUGAUGAAACUAAAGUAAAAGAAGACACUGUAAAAAAGGCCAGUGAAUUUGGUCAUGCAUCUGACGAAACUAAAGUAAAAGAAGACACUAUAAAAAAGGCAAGUGAAUUUGGUCACGCAUCUGACGAAACUAAAGCAAAAGAAGACACUAUUAAAAAGGCCAGUGAAUUUGGGCACGCAUCUGAUGAAACUACAGCAAAAGAAGACACCAUAAAAAAGGCCAGUGAAUUUGGUCACGCAUCUGACGAAACUAAGGCAAAAGAAGACACUAUUAAAAAGGCCAGUGAAUUUGGGCAUGCAUCUGACGAAACUAAAGCAAAAGAAGACACUAUUAAAAAGGCCAGUGAUUUCGGGCAUGCAUCUGACGAAACUAAAGCAAAAGAAGACACUAUAAAAAAGGCCAGUGAAUUUGGUCACACAUCUGACGAAACUAAAGCAAAAGUAGGCACUAUUAGAAAGGCCAGUGAAUUUGGUCACACAUCUGACGAAACUAAAGCAAAAGAAGACACUAUUAAAAAGGCCAGUGAAUUUGGGCAUGCAUCUGACGAAACUAAAGCAAAAGAAGACACUAUUAAAAAGGCCAGUGAAUUUGGUCAUUCAUCAGACCAAUCAACUCCUUUAAGUGACACAGAGAGACUAAAAAAAUUCAAAGAAUUGAACAAACAUGGUCACCAUGCUUCAGAAGAAACCACUCAAACUGAUGAAAAACCUAAAGUAAAACCUAAAGUGGGUCACACUUCAGAUCAAUCUCAGCAGGUCGACACAGAUGCAAAUCGACUUCAAAAAUUUAAAGAACUUAAUAAAUUGGGACAUCCAUCCAUGGAAAGUGCAGCAUAUGAUAUCCAAGAACAUGGUUUGUUCUACAAGCCCUUAAGGCAGAAAUAUCAAGCAUUCCCAAGUGCUCAACAAGCCAAAAGUGCGCAACCGCAGCAGAAGCCACAUACGUCAGAUGAAUCUAAAUAUGAAGAUCCAGAUCGGGUCAAAUUGAGGAAAUUCAGAGAAAGAAACAUAAAAGGUCACUCAUCUGAUUCCUCUGUGCAACGAUUACUUUAUGAACAAGAGCUGGCACCUGACUCACCACAGAAAAUACACAAAAUAACAGAGGAAGAAGGGGAAUCCGAGACUCCAGAUGUUAAUAUGUUUGCCGAUGGGUCACAACAGUUCAAAUAUACAACUGACUUUAAAUUGUUAGAUGAUGCCCCGAUGGUCGAUCUGAUGAAAAACACUGUAGAGGACCCCAUAAUGCGAGGUCUAAAAGCAGGUUCUACUGAUGUAAAGGCACAUGAAUACCUGACCCUACCUGUGUUACUGACACGUUCCAUCACUAUUCCUCUUCAAGCACAGAUUGAUUUGGUGAAUAAAUGUACAGUGGAUUACUUCAUAGCAGAGCUGAAGAUUAAUGACCACUUUACUGCAUUAAGGCAGUACCUGCUGAUGGAGGAUGGCGAGUUCUGUGAGACACUCUCAAACCAGCUCUUUGAAAAGCUUGGUAGUUCCCCUGAACCCUCCCAGAUUUUGAACCCUGUAUUUCUGAACAAUACACUGAAGAAAGCACUUGGUUCCUCCCUGAAAGGUGACAGAGGUCUUGGGAGUAACAUCAGCUUCAUCGUCAACUACAUCCCAACUGCCUUCCAACAAAAUGAACCAAAUGUGUUAGAUUGUCUGGGACUGAAGUAUCAAGCUGAAUGGCCCCUAAAUAUCAUCAUAACUGAGUCAUGUAUGACAAAAUAUACCAAGAUCUUCACCUUUAUGCUGUCAUUGAAACGUAUCGUUUGGGUACUGAAGGACAUUUUCAGCAAACUGAAGAGAGAUGGGUCUGUUUACAAUGCCCAGAAUGCAGCAGAGCUACGUCAGCUACAGCUUUACAGACAUGAAAUGCAACAUUUUGUGAAAGUGAUGCAAGGUUACAUUGCCAACCAAAUCAUCCAUGUGACUUGGCAGGAGUUCCAAACAGAACUUGCAGAUAAUAUGCAUAAUGUAGAUGAUCUUCACCAUAAACAUGCAGACUACCUCAACAAAGCUGUAUUCAGGUGUUUAAUCAAUAAAAGAGCUAGACCUGUGAUGAAAAUUAUUGAAGAUAUUUUCACUCUCAUCCUGAAAUUCCGCACUCAGUUGCUCUCCGCAAGCUGGGAGCGUCACCCAGUGGAUGGACAGCCACACCAUCAACACUUUGAGCAGAUGACAGCCACCUACAAGACUUUCAAAGAAUAUUCUCUAUUUUUAUUUAAAGUUGUUAACAAGCUGGCUUCAAGAGGCUACCAAACCCAUCUCCAGGAACUGCUGUUAUCUCUUAACUUCAAUGGACACUAUAAGGCAUAACCUGCUGUUGUGUUAAUUGACACUAUAAGGCAUAACCUGCUGAACAU